AUGACGUGCAAUUGGUGGGUGCACCGCUUCACUAACCCGGCCUUCCUCUGCGAGCUCUUUAAGGGCAACCGCGCAUGCCUCAUCGGCUUCUUCUUCCAGAAGACAAGGCUCAACUUUAGCAAGCAGAUGAUCAGAACGGAGGGUGCCUCCGUCUCCGCUCCCACCUUCAUGCUAUCGCCAUUGUCGCCACUGAUUGGCCCCACAGAACGUUCCUUCACAGCCUUCGUCCCUGACCAUGAUGGCACCUUCAACUAUGCCGAGCCCCUGGAAGCACACCAUGGGAUCAUUCUGAUGCAGCUUGUGCCCCGUACCUUUGACCGCCCCAAGCCACCUGUGCUGCUCUGCCUCUGCAACCCUAUCACCGGCGAGUGUCACUUUCUCCCGCCUCUGGAGACUCCCCACUCUCCUCCACCUCUUGGGUUGGAUUAUCCUGGCGUUGGUCUCCAGGUCACCAUGAACGCCAUCGUCACGGCCGCUGAUAACAGUAACCUCGGCAGAGGGCAGCUGCUCCUCAUCACCACCAAAGGAUCUGGACCAGACAGUGUAAGGUGUACCUUCACUCGUACUCUAUUGGCACACGCAGCUGGAGCACACCCACCAGGUGGCUAG